CGCCCAGGCACAGGCCCAUUCAGCUUCAAUUUCUCGCACAAGUAUACGUACAACAGCAUCCUCCUCGACCACCAGGCAAUCCAGACGCGGAAGGCCGUCAGCCGCGUGAGGGGCAAUUAUCACCUUUUCUUGGUGCGCAACCAGCCGCGCAAACCGUUGUUCAAUGUCCACAUCGAGAAUCACCCGCUUGGGCUGGGGGCGAGGAGGGUGUGGCGCCAGGUGCCGAGGAUGAGG